AUGCUCGCGCGGAACUGCAAUGAACCGCACAAGCUCUUCACCAGGUCUUUCGGCCCCAACGCUCGCAACGGCAACGAGUGCGCCAACGUGCCGCGGAAGGAGCAGAGGCGCACCUGGCUCAGGAUAUCGGGAACCUGCUCUUGCCCGACGGCGCGGAGGAGUUGGUCACGCCCCCGCCGUGGAGCACGAAGGUGGCUUGCUACCAGCGCCUGCUCGAAUGGCCCGGCGCGGGCCCGCUCACAGCGAAGAACGUCUACCAGCACGAGGAAGGGCCCGCGGCCGGCCGCCGGGCGGACGCGCGCGGCGAGGACCGGUUUGCGUGCGCCGCAGCCGGCGCGAGGUUCGCGUGCAACAUCCUGCUGGCCGAGGCGCCAACUCGGGUGA